CUUUUGCGGGAGCUAUAGUCGAGUAGAAACCUAGCUUCUACCAAAUACGAGUAGAAUUGUAAAAAAGAAAAAGAAUAAAUAAUGUAUGGUAUGAGAAGGUUUUUUCGUCCUACGGUGAUGCGUGCUGCAUUCCCCGUAAGAGCUUCUUUAAAUCACCCUAGAGCAUUUUGGUUUUCUUCGGAAGCAAAGAAUCCUGAAAAUGGUGAAAAGGCAGCUGAAACGGCACCUAAGCCUGAGACUGAAGAAAAUGCACAAUUAAAAGAAAUCCAGGCCAAGUAUGAAGCAAAAAGCAAAGAGAUUGCUGAAUUAAAGGACAAUGUCCGUCAUAAGUUGGCAGAUGCUCGAAACAUGGAAAACCGCAUGAAGCGUGACAUGGAGCAAACUCGUGCAUUCGCUGUCCAAAAGCUUGUCAAGGAUCUUUUAGAUUCUGUUGACAAUUUAGAACGUGCUUUGUCUAUUGUACCCGCAGAGAAGCGUAACAACCGUGAGGCCAAUAAAGAUUUGGUUGAUUUGUAUGAAGGUUUGGUCAUGACUGAGUCGAACUUGAUCAAGAUGCUUCAAAAGUAUGGUGUGGUCCGUUACGAUGGUCUUGGCGAGCAAUUUGAUCCUAACAUCCAUGAAGCUGUUUUCCAAAUUCCUAUUGAAGGAAAGGAGGCAAAUACCAUUUUCCACUGUGAAAGCAAGGGUUAUACUCUAAAUGGUCGUGUUGUUCGCCCCGCCAAGGUUGGUAUUGUUAAGGGUGAAGACAAAUAAAGAAAGUGAAUAGGUCAUCUUUUUGUGAGUCAGAGUCCUACUUCUUCAAUGUACUAUACAAGAUCGAUUCCAUUUCUCAAAUUUGUGCAUUUCAUUUUCUCCCUAGCUCGACAUCUAUAUACUCUUGUCUUUUCUUCCAUGUGUGAGUCCACGAAUCACCGACUCCCGUAAUCUCAAAAUUUUUCUUGUCCGUUAAAUAGAAAACUUAUAAUCGUUGUAAUCGAUUUGAAUUUUGGGUAUUUUGCUCCGGCUUAUAAUUAUAUUUCUUUUGUCUCUUUUACUUGGAAAACUAUUUUCCUAAGGAUAGAAGGAAUAUGGAAAUAUCUCUAAUUUUGACUUAUGAAAUGAAAUCUAUCAUGUAUUUUUUUCAUGCAUCGUUUCAUUUAUCAAUAUUUACCAACUUACGAGUUAAUAAAAAAGAAAAUAAUCAUUCAUUCUCCUACUUCUUGAUUGAAUUUUACGAUAUUUUGACAAA